ACAUACACACCGCAAGAAACGCUUCUUAGAGGUCACCAAUGGGUUCUGAACGGUCAGUAAUGCUCAUCAACAGACUUUUUCUCCUUAACUUUCUUCUUGUCUGGCAACUUGGCUGUGGGACUAUUACUUUUAAUGAUAGCAUCGAAGAAGUCGCACGCAGUAGAUCAAUUCCAGAUGAUGAAGUACGAGCUCUUCGACUCCUUUCACAGAAUUUGCAGUCAUCUUCCACACAGUUACCGCUGGCAUCUUCCACACAGUUAUCGCUGUCGUUUCCUAUUUGUUCUGACAACCAGUAUGCCGAGAUCAAAUGUGGUUCCCCUGACAACACCAAAAAUGGAUCGUUUGGUUGGGUCACUGAAAUAAACUUGCCAGGAAAAAAGUUGGAUGGAUACAUUCACAAUUCAAUAGGUCGCUUCAAAAACUUGAAAAAACUUAAUCUUUACAAUAAUCAGCUUUCUGGUGGGAUUCCUUCAACGCUGGGGCAAUUACAGCAUCUCAAGUAUUUGUACCUUUCAAGCAAUUCGUUGACCGGGUCUAUACCUCCAAGCCUGACAAUGUUGCGGAAUCUUACAGUACUGGAUCUUUCCAGCAACGAUCUUGAUGGCACCAUCCCUUCGAAUCUGACGGGUCUACAAUCGCUUCGUAUAUUGUAUCUUUCCCGGAAUAAAUUGACUGGGCCAAUACCAGACAGCAUACGAUAUUGUCAAAACUUGACAGAUAUCUAUGCCGACCGCAACUUUCUCAAUGGUACUAUAAACAAAAGUUUGGGCACACUCUCUUCACUUGAAUCUCUGGGUCUUUAUUAUAACUCGUUGUCAGGCGGUAUUCCAAAAGAAUUAGGAAAACUGUCUGCACUCCAGUAUUUGGCCCUGGAUGGCAAUGAUCUUCAUGGUGAACUUCCGAAGGAGCUUGGAAAUUUAACCAACCUUCGAAUCCUAUACCUGACAGCGAAUAAUUUUAAUGGGACAAUUCCUACGACAUAUGCGAAGCUGACCAAUCUUGAAGUGUUUGCGGUAAGUGGAAACUAUUUGUCUGGUCCGAUACCUGCUUAUAUUGGAAAAUGGGUGAACCUCAACGAUCUGGUCCUGAUAGGAAAUAAUUUUUCAGGGAAUCUGCCUGCAGAAACUUUUAGUCUGACAAAAUUACAGACAUUGUGGGUGAGUGAUGUAAACAAUCCCGGAAUAUCUUUCCCUGAAGAAGUCAUACCGGAGCCCAAAUAUCUGUCUUCUGUGGUUCUGAGAAAUUGCAAUAUUAAUGGUCCAAUACGCGAAUACAUUGGCAAGUGGCCUGAGUUAUCAUAUCUUGAUUUGAGCUUCAACAACUUAAAUGGUAGCAUUCCAGAAACAUUUCAGAAACUGACAAAGUUAUUUUUAACAAGAAACAUGCUUACGGGGCUUCCUUCAUGGAUCACUAAUCCGAAGAAAUCGAAAAACAGUCGUCCUACAGUGGAUCUUUCUUACAAUAACUUCAACGUGUCAUGUAAAAAUAUAAAGUGCUUGGGACUGCAAAAUGUAACCAUUCACCCGACAAGGUCUUUCAUAGAUGAGAUGAAGAGCAAAAAAUGUCGUCGAAAGCAUAAUUCCCUGUUUAUAAAUAGUGGUGGUGAGGAUGUAUAUUACGGAAAGGAUCAUUAUCAUAACGAUACCUCCAUAUCAAGUUUUAAUCUUAGUCCAUCUGAUGAUUGGGCUUAUAGCUAUGCUGGGGACAUCGAUGCCAGUGCUUCAGUAAUAAACUCGACAUGUGAAUUUACUAGCGCUAAGGCAGACAUAGAUAACAAUUUUCGCCUUGCUCCCGUCUCUCUAACGUAUUAUGGCCUCUGCUUGCGUAAAGGCGAGUACAUUGUGACACUUUAUUUUGCUGAAGCAUUAUAUUCUAAGAGUGAAGAUUACAGCACAUCAGGAAAACGAGUGUUUGAUAUAUAUAUUCAGGGAACGAAUGUAAGGCCAGAUGUCAACAUAAAGGAAAUCUAUGGGAAAGAACAUGAAGGAAAACAGCUAAAUUUCUCGGUUAAAAUAAAUGAUGGUUCGUUAGAGAUCCAGCUCUUCUGGGCUGGCAAAGGAUCUCUAUACGGACCAGCUCGCAACGGACCUCUCAUAUCAGCCGUUUCCAUCACUCGUGUUCCAAGAAAACUAUAUCCUUGGGAAAUUGCGUUGAUUAUAGGAUGCUGUAUUUUGUUUCUGCUGCUGUUGCUGGCCUUCAUGUGGAGAAUGGGCUGGAUAGGUGACAGAGAAUUUCGAGAAACCAAAGUGAAGAUUGGAGAAAGAACUUUCACCCUUAAACAGAUCAUUCAUGCAACAAAAAAAUUUAGCCCCAAGAUGCAGCUUGGUAGCGGACGUUCAGGGAUAGUAUACAGGGCUGAAUUACCAGAUCUGACUGUAGCAGUGAAGAAGCUAUUCACUCAUUCAAAAGCAGUAGAUGAAAUAGGAAGUGAAGUUUAUGCCAGGAAGGCCUUGGACUUGAAACAUGAAAACCUUGUUAAUUUGAUUGCUAGUUAUUCCAGAAGGCACCUAAUUUUGCUCAUCUACGAAUAUAUGGAACAUGGCUCACUUGGACAAGUUUUAUUUGGUACAAAUCCCACUGUGCAAAUUGAUUGGCAGAAAAGAUUUACAAUCUGCAGGGGAAUAGCGAAGGGUUUGAAGUAUCUUCACGAAAGGAAUCCACCAAUAAUUCACAGAAACAUAAAAGCCAAUAAUAUUCUGCUUGAUGCAAGUUGUAAUCCGAAAAUAUCAGAUUUUGGAUUGGCAAAGCUUUAUGAAGAGGAGAAUCCAUAUAUUGCGAUUGGAGCAGGAGGAGAUCUUCUAUACAUGUCACCAGAGUAUGCAACCCGGAGAGCCAUGACGGUGAAAGUCGACGUCUACAGUUUUGGGAUCCUUCUCCUUGAAAUCGUUAGUGGGAGAAAUAAUGCUGACUACAGAGCAAACCAAGAAACUGUUUUUCUUCUAGAUACGGCUGGUAAUUUAAAUGCGCGGGGAAGGCUAGGAGACUUAGUUGACCCAAGCUUGCGCACUUAUGACUGGGACCAAGCGAAAAUUGUCCUGAACUUGGCAAUGAUGUGCACCGAUCAAUCACCUUCUCUCAGGCCUACAAUGUCUCAAGUAGUGGCUGUACUUGAAGGCGAAAAAACUCUCGAGGAUCUCUCUAAAGAGAUCGCUCCCUCGACAUGAUUUGAAUCUCUCCUGCUUCACCGGAUGGUCAGUGUGUGUGUGUAUCUUGUGUGGUUUGCCGGUUUCUCCAUAUCUAUUGAAAUUUCUUCCUUUUUUUUUUUCUUUGGUUUCUUUUCCUUAUCCACCUUUUGAUUUAAAUCUUCCUGAUAAAGAUUGAAGAAAAAAUAUGUACUGUUUUUUAUGGAAUUAUGGCCCUGGAGAUUGCAGACCUCGUUUGUUAUGUGACAUCUAUAUAUAUGUUUCAUGUUGUCAAUUA